UUUGCGCCAUCUAUCCAUAACACUAAAAAUCAUAAUGAUAUGAAUUCAAGGGUGUUGACCACAUUUUGUUAGUUCGCACGUGCAUGCAUUAGUUCCGCUACUACCCGUAAGAUGGCGCUUUCACAUGGGUUAACGCCAUCUAGUAAUCGCUGAUUAAAUUAUUAUAUGUAUACGUUAGCAUCAUAUAUAUGAUGUAACCAAAAUGUCGGAUAGAUGGCGACACAACAGCAUAACUUAAACUUAACUUUAUUUUGGCAAUCUAUUAAUAUUUUUAUAAUAUUUAGAACAUUUAUUUCGCGAAAAUUUUAUUAAUAAGUACUAAAACAUUAGUAACAAUACCGAUGAAAAUAUAAUAUUAUUCGAGUAACUUUAACAACUUGUUGCUCGACCACGACCACAGUCGCAAGUCAAAACAAAUACCUAGACCAAAUGCUCAGUCAGUGACCGGGCGCCGUGUGGGUUGUUGGUGCCAUUCGCGAGUUUAAGACGCGCGCGGACGAAAAAAAACUAGUAACACAAUUUCCUAAAUGAGAUUGUAUCAAAGAACAACUUUUUUAAACAGUAUUGUGCCACUAAAAGUCUAAAGUGAUUGUUUUUAGUUCGGUCGGUUAGUUUUUUGUAAAUUGCUGUGAUUUCGCGGUAUCGUGUUCUAUUGUUGAAAGCUACCGAUGUUGUUGUAUUGAGAGGAUGUUUUCGAUAUCGUCCAUGUUCCUAGGAAAUCGGUUUCUGGUUGGAUUUUGAUGGAAUUGUAAUCUCAGGCGGUCCCAUCGUCGUGUGGCAUGUUGCGGGGCCUCACCGCGCUACUGGCGGUAGCCCUUUGCGCCGCCUCGCUGGACUCCGAGCUCGGCGUCGGCAAGGCCAUCAAUAUAUUUAUGAGAUAUGGCUACCUCAGCAUAUGCAUGCGAGUGGUCCCCCGCAACGACACGGAAGGCUGGGUGUUCCGCGAGCCCACCGUCAGCGUGUUCAGAGACGUGGAGCGGCUCUCUGUGGCGCCGAAGCCGCGGCAGCCCAAGACUCUGUUCGACGGAGACUUCCAUAUGGAGUUCUGCGAUAACCUGAAGCAGUUGUUGCAGGCGUACUUUAGGGAUUUUAGUUUUGAGAGGUUAGAACGUCCAUGGCGCGCGUUCACAGCGGGCUGGCCCACGGACAUCAUGGCGAGGAACCUGGGCAUCAAUUCCUCCUUCAUUACGGGCGACCACUGCUACGUACUCGUCAGGGUCUCAAGGUAUCGCGAAACAGCCAAGCUAAGCGACCUGCCCACUAACAUACCGGUCGAAGACGUGGUCUUCGACGCUAUCCAGGACUCCACCAUCGGGGACACGGUAUCCAUAGCCGACUUCAUCAGGAAAUAUGGCUCGCAUUACAUAUCCAGCUAUAUUACGGGGAACUCGCUGUAUCAGGUGUUUGUGUUCUCUAGAACGGCAUACUCUAUGAUAAAAGAGAGACUUAAACUGAAAGGCGUGUCGGAUAUCACUGCGAAGGAGCUUGAGGGCUACUUUUCCCCUUGGCAUGCCAAGCAUAUUGGACAGAUCAAGGUGGCCAGCGGCAACAAAACCGUCGAAAACUGGGCCAUGAAGCGUCUCCGGGUACACUACUACAUAUUCUCGUACCCCAGUCUCCUCAAACUUCACGGCGAGCCGUCACUCCUGCGCAACCUAGACUCGCUGCUGGGAAACGAGGCCUUGUUGCAGUUGGAAUUGAAAACAUUAUCGCCGGCGUUCAAAGACGUGAGGAAGAAACGGUGGUUCGAGGAGGUGAUAGACAAUUAUUUGAAAUUGUGGGAGAGUAAUAUGUGAUGAAUGUUUUUAGGUUAUUAUAGAAUGUUUGCAGUUAAAGUCGUUUAGUUUGGUUUGAAUUUUUAAAAAGCCAUUUAUUCCUAACGCACACAUAAUUAUAUCGAGAUACGUAUUUUCAAUUUUAAAUAUUUAUCUUAUUACAGGUUGUUUUUAAAAGAAGUAUGUUUUUACUUUAAGUUUUUUUAAACCCAUUAUAUUUAAUUAGAUCAUUAAUUUUGAUUUCUUAGUUUAGUGUAAUAUAUCAACGUAUCAACCCUUUAAUACCUUUUGUUUUUAUUUAAACAAAUUAAUAUAAUAAUGUUAAUUAUAGAUACUUAUUCAACUAUGUUAAACGAUUUUAACUGUAAGAUGAACGAUGUAUUUUUAAUACGCAUGCAAUAAAUAAAAAUAGUUCAAUAAUCAAUUGGUGCUAAAAAAGCUUCCGGCCAAAUUGAAAACGGAAUUAUGCAAUUUAAAUUAAUUUUACAUACAUACAAUUUUGUCUUGUUAUUUUGAAGACAACAUGUGUAUGCUCGUUUUCCAUUUUAGCACAAUUUGCUAAGAAAAGGAUGUCUCUUAUCAUAUUAACUGCCAUUACACGUUUAAGUACAACAUUUUUUCAUCUGAUAUCUGACAAUUGGACGUAAAUUUAAAAGUAAUAGCGUUUGGUAUACUUAUAAUUUAAAAUAUCAUUUUCCUAUUUUGUGAUCCCUCGAAUUUACCAAAUAAUGAACGAUAUAUUUGUGAAUUUAUAUUUCUUCCUAGCAUUACGUAUAAAAACAAAUUAGAUAUAAUAUUAAAUGUGAUUAUAGAUAUAAAAAUGACAAUGUAGACGCAGUGAUUUGAACGAACUACUUAUAAAAUAUAAGUUAUAGUUACUAUAAGUAAUUUAAUUUUGCUAAGCCAUUCUAAAUACGAAAUACCUAUAAGUUCAUUAUAAUGUUUUGGUCGAUUUGAAAUAUUUACAUUGUUAUAGGGCUUUUGCUCAAACUUGUUGGUGAAGACAUUUUAGAAUAAUUGUAAAAUGUGCCUUUGCAAAUACAUAUAUAUCUGUAACAUAAUAGUUACGAAUACCUACUUUUUGACAAAACAUAUCACUUAACCCUUUUUAAUUUCAUAUAUAGUAGAACAAUAACUCGAGCAACGAUAUUGAUAGCACACGAAUUGCAAGUGUUAUUUUGAACGUCAAACUUCUAUGCAAUUAUGACGUAUAAAUAACACUUGCGUUGCGUGUGCUAUCAAGAUCGUUGCAGACUUGUAGUGGUCUAACUUUAAACAUGUUUAACUUGACAUAGAAUUCUUCUAAUACCUACUUAAAUUUUACAGCAGGUAUGUAUAUUUAACACUUAGGGUCUCCCCAAAUAUAUCGACGCGCAUUCGGCAAAAGCCGAUAGGAAAAAGCUUUAUAUCCACGCAAUAAGAGCGAAGAAGCCGAC